GGAAAAUGCAAUCGAGGUCACUGCGAAGUGACCUCAAGGUCUCUCUUACCCUGACCUUCAUCGCCAUCAUCUUCUUGACCUUGGAAAGGACGGAGGCGGUGGUCAACGAAGAGAUGGCACCACUGUCUGCAAGCUGUGGGAACUCCCCGCCGACGGAAAGAAGUAGCAGCCACGUCCACUGGUGUCGCAUCUCCGAGCGAGGAUGCCUGGAGUUCUGCAGGGGCCUGGAUUACCCCUACUACUCUUUAGCCAAUGGAAACUGCUCUUGUCUGAACGACAGUAGUGGAGGUUCAUCUUCUCCUUCACCGGUCAGUGCAGUCGACAAGGCUCUCUCGUGCCACGAUCUGUACAUCAAUCACGCAGUGUUCCUGGACGGCCAGUACGCUGUCAAAACGGCGGCGGGACUCGAGCUCACCGUCUUAUGUGAUAUGGAAGGGAGGUCCAUGUGCAACGGCAGUCUGGUCCACGGUUCCCUGGGACUGGUCUCCAAAAUCAGUGGCCCUUUGAUCACCUUAGACCAAUCCAGCAUUUUGAACGAAAUGUCUCCUUACAUUGACAAGUUAAAGGUUUUCUUCAGCCUUCCAGGAGAUAAAAUAACUGUGGACUUCAGUACACCUGUACUGAUCAAUGGAAUCUACGUUGGUGGUGAUAGUCUCAAGCGCAUCGGCCAGUUUAAGCUCACCUUCGAGUUUCGAAAUCCUGCCAUUGCAGGGGCGCUCCACACAACUACCUACAAUUACAGUGCCACAGGUACAGACGGCGACUGGACAGUCUUGGACAACACUCCUGACUCAUGGGUUCCUCUUCUACCUUUUGUUGCUGAUGCGGUCACUCUCCAUGUAGUGACAACUCUCACAGUGAAGAAUCUGCAACUGGAUUACUUUGGUUGUCCUUACAACAUGACUGCUGAAUUAAAUCGUGUCAGGCAUGACACACCCCUGGGAUGUUACUACUGGCCAGAAGGAGGCAGCGUAUACAAGACUGGGUACAUCUUGUCGUCAGUAGAUGCUUCAGGAUCCGUCUUGAAUGCUGGCUACAAGGUCAUUCCGGCCGUCCACGAAUGGGCCAUUCCCCUGACUCCUGUUGGGAAGGCCCUCAACGACAGCCUGUGUGAACCCAUCAUGUGUACUACUUUAAGUCAGAUGCGCACGGCACAAGGUGAAUCCCUCAACUGCAAGGAUUCUGCUGUGUACCGAGAUGAACUCAAUACUAAGUAUGCCAACAUUACCCAGGGAAAUGUCACCAUCGGAUGCAAGGAGGAUGGCUCGGCUAAGUACUAUGUCAACGGCACCGCAGGGAGCCCGCAGGCAACGCCGCCCGAAUUCACGGACUGUGCCCAAGGGAGCGCCCCGCCCUUCAGGGCGACGUACCUCUAUGAGAACGACAAGUACGAGUGCCUGCCCGCAUACACUAACCUGUCAGUCAUCCACAAUGUGUCCGUCUCGGAGGUAAGUCCAGCACCAAUCCGUAGAGCGGUGGGACACAUCAGCCAAGGUCAAUGCAACUGCCCCUACACGACACCACCGCCAUACAUUAACUUGCAAAACUUCACCUGCGGGCCGAACUUCCGCUACUACUACGGAGACUUCUUAGUGUGCGUAGGUGCGUAUGAAGUUUGGGCUUGCGUAUGA